AAGUCUACGAGGUGUACCUAAACAAGUUCUCAACUACAUUCACGAACUCACUUCCAUCAAUAAAACACUUAUGAUUAAAGUAAAAUCAUUGAACGUUAACGUUCAGAUACUUAAUGCGAAAGAAGAAAUCACUCAUUUAAGAAAUACAGUCAAUGAAUUGACAGAAGAAUUAGAACAUCUGAAGAGAUCCAAACGUUUUAAUCGUAAUUCAUUAAAAACUGAAAAGACAUCUGGUCAAAAGCCCGGCAAAACAACAGCUGUGGUCAGAAAGGUUACCAAUGACAAGAAGACUAUGUCUAUUAAAACCAUAGAAUCUACAACCACCAAAACCCACCAUACCAAACAAGGAGAUUCAAAACAUGACAAAAAACAAAAAGCAGGUAGAAUUGAAAUAAGCAAACCAACUGACGUAAAGAUAAGCAAACCACAGGCCGUGAAGAUUCCACUAAAGCCAUCUACAAUCGUCAAAAGUAUAUCAAAAGAAACCGCAACAACAAUCAAUACUAAAUCACGUAGUAUCUAUACGAAGAAGACGACGAGUGGCAAAUCUACACUGCCAACUGAAAGCUCAAAACAAGAUAAAAAGACCACGUUUGCUGAGAUGGGUAAAAUCUCAAUCUCAAAAAAUAUAUCAUCCAGCUCACGGUAUUCAUCCAGCUCCCCUGGAGAUGUGGCAGUCAAAACACCAUCAUCAGCAUGCUCCACCAUACACACAGAUAUCGAAGAUGUGACUGUCGAAAUACCAUCAUUAUCAUGCAGCACCAUUCACACAGAUAUUGAAGAUGUGGCUGUCAUAACACCGUCAUUGUCAUGCAGCACUAUUCAUACAGAUAUUGAUGGAAGUGCAUGUUCAGUGUCUUCGAGUAGAUCAACAGACUCUGUUUCUAUAUCUAUUGAAGAUGAGUUUGUGGUACAGAAAGCGUUUCAAGGAGCACAAAAGACAGCUAAAGCAAUAGCAACGCACAGUAACUCCUCGCCUGAAGUUUCUUAUUCUAUAAAUAAAAUAGCAUCGGGAAAUAGCAAUCAAUUCAUCACAGAAGUUAGACAUAAAAAGAAGCUGGGGUUAAAAUUACCAUCCUUAAUAACCUCGGAAUAUACCACGACGCCACCAAAAAUUAAAUCGUCAUCAGUGAAUGAAAGUGUGCAGAAGCGUUUCAAAAUGGCGAAAAAAGUUGGUGCUGCUCCGCUUCCUAAUUUAAUGAAAGGUUUGCCAUCAAUAUCUGGAAGAUUUACUCCUAAACCUCCAUCAACUCCACAAACUUCUACCACAAACAAGACUAAAUUACCACCUGUAUCAUCUAAUACAACAUUUAAUAAAAGACAUGAUUAAAUGGAUAUAAUUUCGUUUGCCACCGUUCAUCAUUCUACUUUGGAACAUUUUUCAGUAUUAGAAAUCCCAGCGUUUAUCCACCAUUAUAUAUAUUAGUAGUCUGUAAUCAAUUUUAAUAAUCUGUAGUCAAUGUUAAUA